AAUUUUUUUGUUUGAUUACAGCGUUUAGUGUUUGAGAAACAAAAACAGCGUUUAAUUUGUUUUGUUUGUUAUCAACAAAAACAGUGAUAACAACAACAACUGCUGAAGACAUCGUCAGAUUUAUUGAUCAAUUAGUUACCGAUUGUAAUGACCAAAGUGUGACCAAAACAUAUAUAAGUGUCGGUGUAAUCGAUGGCACCCGUCAUUCAAAGUGCACCCAAACCGGCCAACGAACGACCGAAACGGCCGACAAACGAUAGGAGGUCAGAGUUAGUCUGUCGGGUCAAGUAUUGCAACCAAUUGCCAGACAUACCAUUUGAUCCUAAAUUUAUAACAUAUCCAUUUGAGUCGAAUCGGUUUGUCUCCUAUAAGCCAACAUCUCUGGAGAAGAACUAUAAGCACGACCUGUUAACGGAGCAUGACUUGGGUGUUACCAUUGAUUUGAUAAAUCCCGACACAUAUACUGCUUCAUCCGACGCCAAACUCGCCGAAGAGGAUGAAAAACUUCUGGAAGAAGAGUUAAACACUCCGCAGGACUCGAAGCGCUCCCGUUGUCACAAUACACUCGUACCAUGGCUUAAGAAAACUGAAUAUAUUUCUACAGAAUUUAAUAGAUAUGGCGCCAGCAGUGAUAAAACUGAGACAAAAGUUGGAUAUAAUGUAAAAAAGAAGAUGAAAGAAGAGGCUUUGUAUUUGGAUCGCGACUCACAGAUAAUCGCUAUUAACAAGACCUUCGAAGCGGCGCAGAAGCCAAUUACAGAACAUCCGGGCAAACCUGGUCUCACACCCGUAGAAGUGUUGCCCGUAUUUCCCGAUUUCCAGCUUUGGAAAUACCCUUUCGCUCAGGUCAUGUUCGAUGCAGACCCGGCGCCCAUCACUAAAGUCGAAGAGAUGUCUCAGGCUAUGAUCAGAGGUGUUAUGGAUGAAAGUGGCGAACAAUUUGUUGCUUAUUUUCUUCCGACUGAAGACACUUUAAACAAGAGAAAAAUUGAUGAAUUAGAGGAAAGAGAAUAUGAAGAACAACAAGAAUAUGAGUAUGUGAUGGCCAGAGAGUAUAACUGGAAUGUCAAGAAUAAAGCGACCAAAGGUUACGAAGAAAACUAUUUUUUCAUUUGGAGGGAUGACAUGAUUUGUUAUAACGAAUUGGAAACAAGAGUUCGUUUGAGUAAACGUCGUAAACUGGGAUCUGCGCCAAACAACUCGAAAUUAGUUGUCAAACAUCGGUCACUCAAUGAACCAGAGUUUAAGACUCAGGACAUACGUAUGACUCAAUUAGAACCGCCACAAGAAGAAGAGGAACAGAUACCGGAUAAUAAAGAUAAUAAUGCAGAAAAUGAAAACGAAAACAAUGACGACAACGACCGAAGUGAAGCUCAGGACAAGAAUGAAACGCCCAGAAAGAGUCCAACCAGUGCUAAGUCGUCGUCAUCGUCGUCGUCCUCUUCAUCAUCUUCUUCAUCAGAUUCAUCUGACUCGUCGUCAUCGAGCGAUAGCGAUAGUGACGGUGAAGAAGUUCGUCGAAAGACUAAACAAGACGCGGCCGCCAUCUUUGGUAGCGGAAGUGAUAGUGAUUGAUAUGUCUUGUUUUUGACCCAUUUGUGUGCAUAAAUUAUUACUGUAUUAAACAAUAGUAUGUUUACAAUAAUUUAAUUUUUAAUCAUUUAAAUGUAAUUCUUAUAUUAAUUUGUUUUUAUAAUAAAAGUCACAU